CGUCAAAGCAACACCUUAAUAAAAAAGUAACAACUACUCUACUUACAUUUUACAGAUUAAAUGAGAGAUAUCUGAAUCAAACAAACACACGACAACGGUGUCAGUGGAUUAAACACAUGUGAAACACGACUGUGAACUAGCUACACUCAAGAUGUUUAAAAACACAUUGCAGAGCGGCUUCCUGUCUAUUUUCUACAGCAUCGGCAGUAAACCUCUUCAGAUAUGGGACAAAAAGGUGAGGAAUGGCCACAUCAAGAGAAUCACAGACAAUGACAUCCACUCACUGGUGUUGGAGGUUGAGGGGGUAAAUGUCAGUACUACAUAUAUAACAUGCCCUGCAGAUCCAAAGAAGACAUUGGGCAUCAAGCUUCCUUUUCUCGUUAUGAUAGUAAAGAACCUCUUUGAAGUCCAGGUGUUAGACGAUAAAAAUGUUCACUGGCGGUUUCGAGCGAGUAACUAUCAAAGCAUGACACGAGUGAAGCCGUUUCUCUGCACCAUGAGGCUAGACGACGGCUGGAACCAGAUCCAGUUCAAUCUGUCUGACUUCACCAGGAGGGCCUAUGGAACCAAUUACAUCGAGACGCUGCGUGUGCAGAUCCACGCUAACUGUUGAAUACGCAGAGUGUACUUCUCAGACAGACUGUACUCGGAGGAUGAGCUCCCAGCAGAGUUUAAACUUUUCCUGCCUGUCCAGAACCAAAAAGCAAAGCAAUAGAGAUUCUCAGCCUGCACUGUUCCCACGACCAGCUAUGGAGUUUAGCGGUAAGGUUUUGUGUGUAGACGUAUGAUGAAUUAAAACCUUUGAUAUUGUAUUCUUUUGAAGUAUAAGAUUUGUGUUGCCUUGUGUUUCACUAUGCACAAUAACGUUUUUUAUUGACUCAUCUGUCCUCACAGUUCUCAAUACAAACUGAUGAAUGUAUCUGCAUUGUAGUAACAUUACAUGCUUACAAAGGACACACUAGUUAGUGCUUAAAAUAAAACGUUUUUUACAGAAACAAAGAGUCCAUCCAUCAAAUAUAAAUAAUCUUUAUCAAACAUCACAAAUCAUUUCAGGCAAAAGGCUUUGAAACUGGUUUGCCUUCCUCACUUUGGGCUCUGGUAUACUACAUGAAAAAGAAUAGCAAAUCAUUUAUUUCAUUAAAUAUUGCAUCACAGAAAAGUCCACAAACAGAAUUAAUGACAGUUCAACUUGAAGCUGCAUUUUCAAAUCAUAUCAGGAGCAGACUCAGUGGAAACACAAACUGAUGAACAUCAAGCUGAAUGAAUAAAAAACAAAUAUGUCACUAAUGAUACCAACGUGUUCUGACUGAUUUGAGUGAUGUUACUUUGAACUCGUCUGAGCAUUUUAACGGCAUUUUGUAACUUAGGAAAACGCUGCCCAGACAGCAGCUGUUAGCACUGCAUUACACGAGUUGUCAAUGUAUUCUAGACAGAUCGGCUACCUCAGAAAAAGUAGAAAUUGUACAAAUGUCACCGAGUCGUUUGAAAACAUUCACACAGACUUCACACUGGGUCAUAAUGAUCUAUAACUCAGUCAGAGCAACAGCCUCUACAUCAAUUCGAUGAUCAGAUACUGAUGAAGAAGGCUCUCUUCACCUCUUCAUGGUUAUAUUUGCUUUUACAUAAAUGGUAAAAAUGUCAGCUUUUCAAAAGUGGGGUCAUAUUUCUAGUUUUU